AUGAGCCAUCCCGGAUCUUCUAAGUCCACCGGAGUCGAUUGGGAAAAGUAUCAACAGAAGUUCGAUGAUGAAUUUGUGGCUUCUGGAGCCAAGGAUAAGAUUGUCCAGACCACCCGCGAACGCCUCAACAACAGUGAAUGGGCAGAUGAAGUACAGAAUCGGUUUGAAGAGUAUAUGAAGGAGAAAGUAAGCCGUUUUAGUCAUGAUUUUAUCUUCUCGCGUAGGGAUUGAAGCCAGGAGAUUUGACCGAAUAUCAAAUGCAAGAAAUUUGCCGACAUUUACGAGAUGAGCUGAGAAGGAUAAUACCAAGUGAGGUAAAACAAGGGCUUUUGAGUUUAGUAUCCGAUUUUGUCGACGGUCAGCUGCAUAAAGUGAAGAGAGAGAUACUGAGUUAA